ACAGUGAAUUUCAGAGAUUCACCAUGAAAUAUCUUGUUUUUCUUCUGUUACUUUCUUCUGUAUGUUUCUUCGCUUUGGGUGAAGUUGUAGAUAAUAAUUUUAGUAAAUGCAAGAAGUUCUUUUUGAACAAAGCACCUCCUGACUUCACACCACCAGUGGGCGUCUCAGUCAAGCCCAUCUGUCAGUGUCUUUGGGAUGACAAUGAUGAACAAAUUUAUCUUUAUGCAACUUUGUACAGCACAACCUGGAAGAUCCCCGUCUACUCCGCGUAUGUGUUUGGUAGUGCAAAUGUUGGGAGAUGUGAUCCAUGGUACACUGAACCUCAGCUGGAUGGAGAUUCUGAACCAUGUAUGAGCCCUAAAGGAUACAGUAAAAGAAUUGGCAUUAAUCAGGCUGUUAAAAGUGAUUAUGAGAAAUCUGGCUAUGACAAAGGUCAUCUCUAUCCUGUGCUCCACACUUACAAUCAUCUGUCAAUGCUGGCCACAUCCACACUGACCAACGCAGCUCCGCAGAAUAAAUGUUUCAAUCAGGUAGCUUGGCUGGAACAUGAGAGAGCUGUAAUUGACGACCUGCAAUCCUGUGUUGGCACAGCUUAUGUGGUGACUGGUGUAGUUCCUGACAUGGACGCCCCUAAACUGAAAAAUAGAGUCUAUGUGUCAAAGUAUUACUGGAGAGCCACCUGCUGUCUGAAGGAUGGUCAGUACACAGGGAAGGGCUAUAUUGGACCGGACAACAAAGGCCAAGUGCUGAAAUUAACAAUACAAGAGCUUCAGAACAAGCUCAGUGGUUUUUACCAAAUACAAAUUUUCCAAGCAUGCAAUGGCUGCUCUCAAUAA